AUGGCAGCCAAUUCCCUCAUCCCGGACUUCCAAUUCACCAACCUUCUCAAAACGGAUUCACAGGGACGUCGAAUCAUCCUUCAAGGAACCAUCCWUGGCGAGUCCGCCCUCCUCAUCGCGGAACGCGGUGCCUUCUCCGUCGAGAAUGAAUACCUGGCAUCGUUCUCCCAGUUGAUGUCCCACAUUCAAAACCUCGGCGACAAUGACAUCUACCGCUGGUAUCUUGCCAACUCCAGCAACCCAUCGGGAAGUGCUCCACCGGAUCUCAAGAUCAACCUCAUCUACCCAUGCACCGAGAAGCACAUCCAAAAGCACAGUUUCCAACAAGCCCGCGUUGUGAUUGAGACGCCGGAAAUCUACGCCAAGUAUGUGCGACCUUAUAUGCAACUCUGUCGUGAAGAGGGACGAUUGAACUGGGUCUUCAACAUUAUUGAAGGCCGCAAGGAACAAGAGAACGUUCUCUUCCGCUCCAAUGAGACGGAUAAGAAAGAUGAAUUCCUCCUUCUACCAGACUUGAACUGGGACCGCACAACCCUCGGCUCGCUGCAUCUGCUUGCCCUCGUCUCGCGUAGAGACAUCUGGAGCGUACGAGAUUUGAAGAAAUCCGACGUUCCCUGGCUCCGUCAUCUACGAAACACUCUCGCGGAGACGGCGCAGAAACUCUACCCUGGUGUGGAUUCGGACAUGUUGAAGUUUUAUGUCCACUAUCAGCCAACUUAUUACCAUUUCCACGUCCAUAUUGUGCACAUCAAUCUCGACGCCACAGGUACCCAAGCUGUGGGCAAGGCUCUCGGAUUGGAUAAUGUCAUCUCCCAGCUGGAAACCAUGAGUGGUGGAGACGAGGCAGGAAUGCACUUGGUCGAUCUGAGCUAUACCGUUGGCGAAGCCAAUGAGCUGUGGACAAAAAUCUACUUGCCUUUGAAGGAGGGACGGGAGCCAACUGUCAGUGGCUGA